AUGUUAAAAAAUACUAAAAAUAUUGAACUACGUUAUGCCCCCCCAAAAAAAGUCAAUGCACGUUACUCGAAACAAGAAUUAGUUGGUAGAGGUGCUUACGGUGCUGUGUAUAAAGGAAUAGAUAAUGAUACAAGUAAAGUCGUAGCAAUAAAAGUUUUAAAUUUAGAUACAGAAGAGGAUGAUGUUGAUGAUAUUAUCAAAGAAAUCAAUUUACUCUCACAAAUUAAACAGAGUGAUUCAAGAAAUAUAACCAGAUAUUAUGGAAGUUUUCUUCAUGGCACUAAAUUAUGGAUUAUCAUGGAAUAUGCAGCAGGUGGAAAUUCUACAAAAGAAGUAAUACAAGCUUUAAUCUAUUUACAUAGAUGCAAAAUAAUUCAUCGUGAUAUUAAAGCCGCAAAUAUAUUAUUAACUGCUGAAGGUAAAGUUCAACUGUGUGAUUUCGGAGUUGCCGGUCAACUAACUGCUUCUUCAACAAAAAGAACAUCAUUUGUUGGCACACCAUAUUGGAUGGCACCCGAAGUAAUUAUCGAAGGAAUUACUGUAUAUGAAAUAGCUACAGGAAAUCCGCCAUAUCAUGAUCAAAAUGCUAUGAAAGCAAUUCAAUUAAUUCCUAAAAAGCCACCUGCAAGAUUAGAAGGAGUAUAUUCACAACAUUUAAAAGAAUUGCGACCAACAGCAGAUGAUUUAUUGAAAAUUAAAUUUGUAAAAAGUGCAAAUAAACAUCAAAAUGGAAUAUUACGAGAUUUAAUUGCAAGGUUUGAACAUUGGAAACAAACGACAGGAUAUCGUCAAUCAUUUUCCGAUCCAUCCUCAAGAAAAUCCUCACAUCAUCGUAAAUCACGUUCUUUAGGAUCACUCACAAAUUUUCCAGACAAAUUGUCACCUGUGGUCGAAAAGAAAGAAGAGAAAACCAUGAUACCUAGAGAUGCUACUAUUAGGUACGGACGCAUACUUGCUGAUGAACUCAUGUCACCGACAAAACCAAUGUAUCUAAGAAAAUAUUCAGAAAAUCAACAUCCACUACAAUUAUUAUUUAACACCGAUGAUCAAAAACAACAACAUCAACGACAGAAUAGUGGCAAUAAAGAUUCUUAUUCAAAGAACUUUUUCGAUAGUCCAACCAUAUCUAUUCCAUCAGAUAAUGACGAGGUUAUCAAUUUUUCAGAUUUAGAUGGCCCGCCUUCUUCACGAACAAUGACAAAAGAACUACUUCAAUCUCAAUAUGAUAACCAAACAAAAGAUGCAUCUUCUACAGAAAAUAAUGACAAUGUUAAUGGUAAAGAUGGAAAAGAUCUCAAAUCACCAGAGAUUAUAGUUCCAUUCGAUCCAUCACCUUCACAAAAAAUUGUUUUAACACCGGUCGAGGAAAUUAAAACUUCAAACGAUUUAUUAUUUCCUAACUCAGCAUCAAAUAAUGAUAAUAAACCUUCUCUUAACAAAGGCCCGUUUAAAUUCAUGAUGACUCCAGUAAGACAUGAAAGUUAUGAUGCAUUACCAUUACCAAACAAUAACGAUUUAUCAUCAGGUAUACCAUUAUACAGGUCAAAAAGUCAAGGUAAAGAACAUCCUCAGUAUGCAAGAAGAGUUAGAUCUGCGACAACUUUAAAUCAAACAAAAUCCCAUGCUGAAGAAUUAUUAGGACAAAAAAAAAUAAAUAACAAUAAUAGUUAUUAUGAUGAUGAUGACGAUGGUUAUGGUAUUAACACUAAAAUAAAUGGUAAUUUGGCUUUGAACGUGCCAAGACAAAGAAGUGUUAGUGAUGUACAAAAAACUUCAAAAGCUAAACUUUUAGUCGAAGAACCUGGACAAAUCAAUUAUUUACUUCCACCACCAUUAAAAAUGGAUAAUUAUCGUGGAACUAGUGAAGUAUUUGAAGACUUAACAAAAACCACUGAGGACUUCCUGCAAUGGAUGAUAUUAUUAGACGCAGGAAUAAGUCAAUUAUUGACAAGAUCUUAA